UCCCCCUCAGGGCUACGAGUGUAAUCUGUGCUGGUGUUGUUUCUCCCCCGGGUAGACGUGGACGUCAAGCGCGAGGACCAAAUGAUAUCAACAGCGGCAUUGGAAAAAGAAGAGUUCGACGAUGCGUUUUGGCGAGAGGUUGAUGCAGUAGAAGCUGCUGCUGGCCUCGAGCAGCAGGGACAGAGCACCAGCAGUAACACUAGCACCGUUGCAGAGAACCUUUCACCAACGAUGACCCCGCAUCAGCAAAGGUCGAAACAGGAGACUUGUCAUACGGAUGGCUCCAACGUUCAGGGGAUGCUACGAUAUCGGUGGAAGGUCGCCUCCAUCUCUGUGCACGGUGAUGGGUCCAAGAUCGAGGAAGAAUGGAUAGGGGAGGGGGAACUAGAGGUUAAUUGCCGACAAGUUGCACCCAGUGGGGCGAUCCAGGUGGAGAACGUUGUAGUGACGGCAGACGGAGGAGGUGGCAGCGCGAUGGACAUACCUCGACACGCGAUGACUCAUUUUUCGACGGACGGUGGCUCUUUGUCUCCGUUGGAACCCAUUCCGGUGACGCGAGAACCGCCAUCGCCACCCUUUCUGCUGCUUAUAGGGUUGGGUAUCGGAUGCUCGAUUAUCAUGAGCGGUCUCAAGCUGCUCGAAGAAAACCACGAGCUCCCGCUUAGGGUUGAUGCGGGGGAAAGCUGCUACCGCAGUAGAAACGUCGGGCGCGGCACCGACAGCAUCGUUUCAACCGUCAGCGGCGGCCGCGAUGCCGCCGUUGCUGCAGCUGUAGGGACAGGGCUGCCACGGAAACCAGAGCUGCCGCCGAUGCAGCUGGCACUGCCAAUCGCGACACCGGAGAGGAGACGGCUCGCGCCGACCGAGUUUGCGACGCCCUCUUCGCACCCUAUUUCUGAACCCCCCCCAGGCAAGGACAACCGCGACCACGACCGCGACGAGAGCGAAAGCGAAACGCUGCUAAGGGCUGGGGUGCCCGACCCAGUCCUAGCGAGACUAGUCUACGACUUCAGCCAGGACGCUUCCAUUUCUUCUUCCCCACUGCCUUCCGCUUCGUGCAGCGAGAACAGAGACAUCAUUGGUAACGUUGAGUGUCCCAUCGCUCGGCCGUCGGCGUUGACAAGCGGAAAGGAUUUCGACGGCAUGCUUCCGACAAUGGUAGACCGAGCACCCAGAGUCGCGCCGUCCACGGACAACAACCAACGACACGAAUGCGGCGACUCUACCUUCGCGUUGGAUCGAGGGCAAGUGUUGAGCAGCGGCAGGAAGGGCGAGGACGCGGAGGAAGAAGUGACAGCGGCGGCCGCGGUCCUUUCGUCAGGAGGGGAGAAGGCUGGUGGAGAGACGCGUGCAGCGGUCGCAAAAGCAGGCGCCGGCCUGACGAACGCAGCAGAGAGAUGGCACGAUUUUGGUGAUGAUGCUGCUAGAGAUGGCGGUGCCGGCGAUUUUGGUGAUGGUGUUGAGCGUAAGCAGGUCAGGAGGGUCGCGGGACCGAAGAAGGAAGAGGGGGCGGCUGUUCCGGACGGAGAAUGGCGAAGGCCGCUGGUGGCAUCGCCUCCGAAUCGCCGACGUACAGCCGCCGGCCGGAGGAUGCCGAAAGUCCGCCACGGAGCGCGAAACCGAAACGGGGGGGUUGUCGUGCUUUGCCUCCACAACGACGACAACGACCGGGAGGCGUUCACGAGCGGUGCGGCAAUCAAACCAGCUGCUUCUUCGCUUGGCUCCAGCGUCCGGCGUGCCGGUGUUCGGGAGGAUCAACAGAAGGCUGAAGAUGGAGAACACCUGAGAAAGCGGCUGUUGCCGGUGGCAAGUCUUGCGCACCCUUCCAACGAGAGUCUUUCCCGGAAAAGAAACAAGGCACCCCCGCCGCCGCAACCGCGAAGCCUUCACACAGCAGCGGGAGCAUUUCGCGGCAGCAGGUCGAAAGGGGAGUCCUCGUGGCUGGCUCUGCGCCGGGCGUUGCACGAGCGCUACAGAGACUCCGAGGAGCAUGGGGCCGCAGAACAAGCCGCCGCGGAAGCUGCUGAGCACGGCCGCGGGGGGCGCGCAGGUUCUUCAAAGGUCGGGCGGGGUGGCUGUGGAGGAGAAGUGAUGUCCCCGGGGAUACGGGUUUUCCGCAGACAAGAUCACGCGUUCACGUACGUUGACGCGCUUGCAGCGAGGCUCGCCGCCGAGGAUGCCGCUCGUUACAGGGUAUUGUCCUUCGAGACGAGUGCAACCGGCAGCAGAAAGUUUGUCGUGUGCGACAUCCGGCGCUUCGAGGAGCGCUACCCCUACACGGCCUUGCCCGACCCUUCUCUCUUGCGCCACCUCCGCCUGCCAGACCCGACACACCACCACCAGCCGGGGUCGUCAUCAUCGCCGCCGCCGCAGUCAUCAACACCGCCUCACGUGCCCUCUGGUCCUGCCAUCGCAGAAGACAGCAGCAACCGUGGCGAGUGCGACAGUCACCCAGGCGAUGGAAGAAAUACCGGUGACAACGUCCGCUCUCCCGCGACAACGACGACGGCGUCUCCCGUGAGCCUGGAGCCCUUGGAGCUACCACAACCAGCGGUGUUUCCAACGCCGAGCCCGGAUGGUUCUGGAGUAUCAUCCCUCGACCCGGUUUGUGAGAAAUCGAGCCAUCCUCCCUGCCCGUGCCCGUCCUCGCCCCCUCCUCGGCCUUCGCCUCUUCGGCAUAUGUACGAGAUCAUACGGGAAGGCUGCCCGUGCCGCAUGUACUUCGACCUGGAGUUCGCCCGCGGCCCGAAUCCCGGCCUGGAUGGGGAGGAGCUCGUCCGUGCUUGGAUCAACGUCGUUGCCGGAAAACUCCACCGGGAAUUCGGCGUCAGCGUCGGCGCCUCCAACGUGUUGGAUCUAGACUCUUCUACGCCCAAAAAGUUCAGCCGGCACUUGAUUUUUCACUUGCCCGGAGAUCAGGACGUCCGUGCGAAGGAGUCCAUCAAAAGUCGAAAGAACGACGAGAGCAUCAGAUGUGGGAUAGAUGGAACGAUGGAACACCCCAACAACUCGGUGGAGGGGCCAGGGAGGGGCUCGGGCAGUGCGAAGAAAGCGACAAACCGGAAAGGGAACAGAGUCAGCCGAUAAAAGAGCUAUUGCUAAUGCAUAGCAACCCCGGAUUGUUUCCGCCCCCCAUCCUCGCAACGGUAUCUACGAGAGAGAAGGGUACAAGUUCUCUGCUACUGAAAAGAACGAAGCAAGUUUAUAGGUAGCACGAUUGUUUGGAAUCGCGUUGUUUCCGGCCGACCAUUACCAACAGAGGGAGCAUCGAGAAGAU